AUGGAACAUACAAGACAGCCAUUGGAGCUGCCGAGCUCAAUACGCGUGCUCACGCUCAAUUGCUGGGGCCUCAAGUUCAUCUCAAAGUACCGCCAUGAACGCCUCGUAGAGAUUGGCAACCACCUCGCCAGGCUUUCCCCUGCCCCGGAAAUCGUCGGUCUGCAAGAAUGCUGGACUCAGAAAGACUACAACGCUAUUCGCGAGCGAACAAAGCACAUCUUGCCUCAUGGCAAGUUCUACUGGAGCGGAAUCUUCGGCGGCGGUCUAGCCAUCUUGUCCAAAUGGCCCAUUGAAGAGAGCACCAUGGUCAGGUACCCGCUCAAUGGCCGGCCAGCCGCCUUCUUCCGCGGUGACUGGUAUGUUGGCAAAGGUGUAGCCUGCGCUCGUAUCCGCCUUGGACCUGGCAAGAAAGACGUCGUCGAAGUCUUCACCACACACCUGCACGCCCCUUACGAAGCCGAGCCCAACGAUUCGUACAUCUGUCAUCGCACUGCCCAAGCCUGGGAGAUUGCAAAACUCAUGCGCGGCGCUGCCGAACGCGGUCACCUUGUUCUCGGUCUGGGCGAUUUCAACAUGAUCCCAUUGUCUCUGGCCCACCGUUUGAUCGAAGCUCAUUCUCCUGUCAAGGACGUCUGGAGAGUUUUGCAUCCCAACUCUGCCAUCGGCGCUGCCAUAAAUGAAGCCGAGAAGGCGAGAGGGUUGCCAGUCCCUUCAUCGGAUGACUGUCUGAAAGAGCACGGAACCACAUGCGACCACAGAUACAACACAUGGCGCUGGAACAAGGGCGACAAGAAGAAGCUGUUGAAGAAAAGAGAAGACACCCACGUUGAUGGCUCAGAACCAGAUCCCAGAGCCAAACGUCUAGACUACAUCUUCUUUGGCGGCGAUGCAGAAGGUCCAGCAUCAAAAUGGAGCAUUGACAGCGUCAAUGUAGGAGCCACCGAACGACACCCUGAACUCCUCUGCUCCCUGUCCGACCACUUCUCCGUAGAAACAACUCUCACACGCUCGUCUCAUCCAACAAACACAUUACCGCUAUCGACCACCUUCCUACCAUUAGAAACUUACGAUCAAAUCCUCGCCAUGAUCCACAAGUACGAGUUGCGCGAACGCAAGCAACGCAGAUACCGUCUCGCCCACUUCGGCCUCGAGCUAGUAAUCGCCAUCGGUUGUCUGAUCGCUGUCUGGUGGUCCCCGCGUAACUUUGUAGCUUUCCUACUUAUGCUACUAAGCACUUUGGGUCUGUCCGCUGGUGUCAUCGACGGCUUGAUGGGAGGAUUGUUCGUUGGAAGCGAGUUACGCGCGCUCAAGGAGUUCCAGUGGGAGAUUACGAAUGCUAGGGACAUGGCCAUUGCUGCGCAAGAGGCCUUGUUGAAAUAG